CGCUUCCUCGGGCAGAGCUGCCGCCGGCCAGCGGAGCCACGGGCGGGCCCGGAGCCCGACAGCGGGGGGCUCCCCGAGGGGGUGGAAUACAUCCCCACGCGAAAGAAGGGCAAGAACCCGAUGAAGCCGGUGGGGGUGGCCUGGGCCAUCGGAUUGCCCUCUGGCAUCAUCCUCUUCCUUCUGGCCAAGCGGCAAGUGGACAAAAACCGUCUGGAGCAGCUCAAAAUCCGCCGAAAGAUGAUGGAAGCCAACCAGGGCGAGUAUGAGACGGAGCGAUAUGAGAGGGUGUUCAAGCGGUCAUACCUCAGCCCACUCACGAAGAUGCUCAGCAGGAUGAUGUUCCAGGGAAAGCGUCUCCUGGGGAUGAAAUGGGAAGAGAGGACUUGCCUUGCGGAUGAAGGUGUGCCGGACUUUCCUGUCAUCCCAGUCAACCGAUUGGAAGGGGGAGCCGUCCCCAAUGCCAUCAUCACCUGCAGCAGGGGACACCCCUCAUCACCAGUCCACCUGGAGGGGACAGAAGAUGGGGGAGUGUUAGCGCAGGUCCCCCCCUCCCCACGAAGGACGUGUCCCCAGCGAGCAGAGCCGCAGGGGGAAACUGGUACUUGGUGUCUGUGUCUCCCCACAUCUCUCUGUCUUCAUCCCCCUCAUUCCCAGGCUGCCAUUGAAGAAGAGGGGGUGAUGCUGGAGGCCAUAUUCUGCACCCACAAACACUGGGACCACAGCGGGGGGAACGCGGCACUUCACCAGCGGCACAGCUCCUGCAAGGUGUAUGGCAGCGCCCUCGAUGCCAUCCCAGAGCUCACCAACUCGCUUGAGGACAGGGAGAAGGUGAGCGUGGGCUGCCUGACCUUUGAGGCGCUCGCCACGCCUGGCCACACUGUGGGCCAUAUGGUGUACGUGCUGGAUGGGGGGCCCUUCGGUGGCCCCCCCUGCCUCUUCUCCGGGGACCUCCUCUUCCUUGCUGGCUGCGGCAGGCUGUUUGAGGGCUCCCCCGAGACCAUGCUCGCCUCCCUCGACAUGGCUGUGGGCUUGGGCGAGGACACGCUGCUGUGGCCAGGCCACGAGUACGCACUGGAGUGCCUGACCUUCGCCAGCCUCCUGGAGCUGGACAACCCCGCGCUGGAGCAGAAGCUGCAGUGGGUGAUGCAGCAGCGCCAGGAGAAGAGGAGCACGUGCCCCUCCACGCUGGGGGAGGAGCAGAGCUACAACCCCUUCCUGCGGACCCACCGGCCAGAGCUGCAGGCAGCGCUGGGGCUGCGGCGGAACGGGGGGGAGCACUCUGACGCCUUCCGUGCCCGUGUCCUGAAGGAGGUGCGGAGGCGCAAGGACCUCUACAAAGCCACCUAGACCCUCACCCCUUCCCAGACACACACACCCCUUUCCAUGGGGCUGGGUGCUGCUCGGGCACUGGGGGUGUUUGUUUUGCUGUGAAUCUCCCUCCUGGGGUGUAGGUUGGGGGGGGUGUAAGAGGGGGACACCCCCCUACCCCCAUGUAGGCACCCCAUAAGUGAUCCCUGCCUUUGCUCCCCUAGACAUGGGGGUCACCAGCUGUCAUGUAGAAACACCUCAAUCCCCUUUCUGGGGGUCUCUAGCCCCCCCCCCCACUUCUGGGGCUGUAGGGACAGCACCAAGGGCUUUUCCUACCCCUUCCUCCCCCAUUUUUCUGGGACACCCCAAUUCCCCCCUCCAGCACUCAGGGAGGCCCCCCUUCCCCUGGCAGCCCCCAGUGCUGUGCAUAUCCUUGUGUGGGGAGGGCUGGGAUGGAGCCAGCAAG